AUGACCCCAAUUUACAGAGGACCACCCAAGGGCUACAUCGAAGCCAUUGAAACCCGUCUUCAUAGGAUGGAAUCUUUAUUGGGUGGUCUGGUACAUAGUAGCGAUCCACGCGCUCAAGCCAUAUUGACCGAGCUGAUGCAAGGUGAUAUGAGUAAAUCGGAAAAAUUUGAUUUCAUUUCGUACCGUAAUGGUUCGGAUGGUACAAGUAAUGUGGGGCACGUUGGAAGUGAUGAUUCUUUGAAUAUAAUAAAUUCUCCAAACACGAAAACUACGGCUGAUGGAAAAGAUAGCUUGUUGAUUAAUGAUCUUAAUAAAGUCAUGGAAAUUAUUAGUAUAGAUGAGAAUCGUCAGAUUCGUUAUCACGGACGAAGUAGUGGCCUCUAUCUGUUAAGGAAAAGCGAUCGCUAUAAGGAUGGUAUUUUAUCAAUUUCAAGUUAUCCGGGUGAAAUGAUUGCUUCUACUCAAAAUUAUAAUUUGGUAAAACGAUCAGAUCUGAUGGAUUUACCAACUGAAGAUCUUUCUAAUCACCUGUUGGAAAUUUAUUUCACUCACUUACAUCCUAUACUGCCGGUUAUUCAUAAACCGCGCUUUUUUGAUCAAUUGAAGGAUAAGGAACAUUUGCCGCAGUUGUUAUUGAACGCCAUUUACUCAUAUGCCGCGAGAUUCUCAGAUAACCCGAAUUUAAGAAAAAAUCCGGAUGACUCUGACUCAGCCGGUGAUAUUUUCUUUGAUCGAGCGAAAGCAUUACUUGACAACGAAUACGAUAAAGCACGAGUGACAACUGUUCAGGCAUUGGUGGUGUUGUCGAUAAGGGAGUAUGGUGCAGCUAGAGUUACCAGGGGAUGGAUGUAUGCUGGUAUGGCAGCACGGAUGGCACAAGAUCUGGGCAUGCAUCGUAAUAGCGAAAAGUGGAGUUUACAUCAACAGACACACGAUGAAAUUGAAGAGCGAAAACGAGUGUUUUGGGCUUGCUUUGUUCUUGAUAGUGGAUCGCCCAUUCCUGCCAACGCUUCAACGCAACAGGUGUCGCAUUCAAUUUCAAGGUUCAUUUGCCUGAUUAAACUCGGCGAGAUUACGGGUGCAAUUAUACAAAAUGUCUAUGCCAUCAGAAAUAAUUUGCAAACCACUGGCGAAACGGUGCUCACUAUUCUUAAUUCGGCACUUAACAAGUGGUUCAGCACAUUGCCACCUCAUCUCCAAUACGAUCCAUCAUCUGAUCAACCAUCGGACAUAACCACGCUUUGCCUUCACAUCAUCUAUUAUUCGACUUUAAUGCUACUUCAUCGUCCUUACACGGCAAGCAACAAUUCAUCGCAUAAUGUAUGCACGUCGGCUGCAAAUGCAAUCACAAGGAUUACUGACAUGAUGUUAGAGCGGAAGAUGUUAUCGCGCUGUAUAAACCCAGUCGUAUACUGUGUAUUCACUGCAGCCGUGAUUCACGUGUAUAAUGCAACACAAGCCGAUCAUUCGAUCUCGCAUCCUGCAAAAAUAAAUCUCCACAAGAGUAGAAAAGUGUUGGAAUAUCUGAAAAAAGUUUGGCCCUCGGCUCAUAGAUACAGCAAUAUGUUAGAGGGUCUGGCGAAUUUGAAAGAUGUGCAACCGAGUGUAUCAACUGAUGAUGAGCUAUUAUCAGACGCCAAUCGUAGUUCACGAAGGCGCGGAAACUUCUCGAAUAACAACAAGUAUUCAUCGGGAGAAAUUGACCGACAUGAAAGACAGGAACGAUUUAGAGCACAAUUUAAUCAAUCCAUCCCUUCGCAUAAGAACAGUGGUCACGACGAUAAGGACAGUUCAUCGCAUGUGGUAAAUUCCUCGUUAAUGAAUACCUCACAACCUUACGCUCCCAUCUCGACGUUAAUAAAUUUUGCCGGUUCAAUCCCCACCAUGCCAUCCCAACCGACUUCAACAUCACAACAUCAACGAUUCAGCGCCCCUUUCAAUCAAUCACCGCCGCAACAAUUACACCACGGUCUGGACGAGUCCGCGCAAAUGUUUAAUAAUUCGUUUGGAUUCCGAAACAUAUCAUCCUUGUCCUCCAAUGCUGACCCCCAGAACCAACCGGUAGGUGAUACGGACCCAUAUGCAGCACCAGGAAUGGUGGGAGGAAACGGGAGUACGUUGGACCCACUGAGCACCGGAUUGUGGAAUUUUCCAUCAAACGCUAAUCUAGAUGAGUGGACCACCUACUUUAGUUCUCAACAGAUGCAACCGAAUCUCGCAUUCUCCUCACCACCUAUCCCGUCCCAACCACCCAUCAUUCAAGUGCCGAGGGUAUCAUCAAUGCCGUUGCAACAACACGAUAUGCUACUGCAUAACGAUGGAAAUGAUGUCAACAUGUUUGCCGACAAUCAUCCGUUGAUAUCGAAUGUCAUGAGUGGUAAUGGUAAGGGAAACAAUGGGAAUCGGGGUGAAACCGGUUCUAACCCGGGAUUUGACGGAGGAACGUCGUUGUCAAGUAGAAGCGGUGGUAAAAAUGGCGUGAAGGAUAAAUCAACUGUGCCGCUGACGUACU